CAGAGUUUUGGGAAGCCUGGCGCAUCCAAGAGCUCAGCCUGCAUCCAUCAUGGAGCAAGCAAACUUAUUGCUGAGUUUCCUCCUCCUUCUUGGGGAACAGCUGAGACCCAGCCCGGCUUGCCAGCUGCCCACCGACUGGAGGCCACUCAGCGAAGGCUGCCGGGCAGAGCUGGCAGCCACCAUUGUCUACGCCAAAGUCUUAGCUCUGCACCAGGACAUGUACUACAGCAUGUACAACUAUUUGCCCUGGCACUACGACGGCGCCGUGGACGGAGGGCUCUUUUACUCCGCCGAGAUUGAGAUGCUGUGCGACCAAGCUUGGGGGAGCAUGUUGGAGGUGCCAGCGGGGUCUCGCUUCAACCUCACUGGAUUGGGCUACUUCUCCUGCCAUUCCCACACGGUCAUGCAGGAUUAUUCUUACUUCUUCUUCCUCAG